CCCCCCUCCCUGCCCGCAGACCCGGCGCUCCUGGCGAUGCCACACACCCCCUGAGCUGGCCGGGGUCACCCCGGCUGGCACCCGCCACCACCACGUGAUGGCCAGGCUGCAGGCUCCAUCCAGGAGGCGGCAGGGACGUUAGCCGGGGGGUCUUGGCACGGCUCACCCACAGGCUGGGAGGAGCAGAGAGAGGCACAACAGCCCCUGGAGCACGACCCAACCCCGUCCACCGUGUAUGAGGCUGGGACGCAGUACGCAGGACCCGCGUCCGCAGAGACACCCCUUCCGAUGUCCCGACAUGAGACUUCUCCGACAACGGUGCAACCCGCCAGCAACCACCGCCCCAAUGCCUGCUGCUUCUGCUGGUGCUGCUGCUGCAGCUGCUCAUGGAACGAGGACCGGGAGCGAGCGUGGAGGGCAUCCCGGGAGACCAAACUGGAGCCCAUCCCUAACUGUGAAGCGUGUGCCAAACCCACGCCAGAGGAGGUGCAGGGCUGGGCACAGUCCUUCGACAAGCUGAUGAAGAGCCCGGCGGGGCGCAACGUCUUCCGGGAGUUUUUGCGGACUGAGUACAGCGAGGAGAACAUGCUCUUCUGGCUGGCCUGUGAGGAGCUCAAAACCGAGUGCAACAAGCACACCAUCGACGAGAAGGCCAGGAUGAUCUACGAGGACUACAUCUCCAUCCUCUCUCCCAAGGAGGUGAGCCUGGACUCGCGGGUGCGGGAGGUCAUCAACCGGAAGAUGCAGGAGCCGUCCUCGCACACCUUCGACGACGCACAGCUCCAGAUCUACACGCUGAUGCACAGAGACUCCUACCCCCGCUUCCUGAACUCUGCCAUAUACAAAUCGCUGCUCCAGAGCGUCUCCCACUCCUCCUCGGAGUCCUAAGGGCGCCCACCGGCCACGGGGACACUGGUGGGGACACAGUGGCUGGAGGGGCUUGGUGCCUCCUCACCUCCGCCACCUUCCCUGCUGGCCCCCACGAAGUUUUUAGCUUUUUACCUAUGAACUGUCACCCUGGUGUCCGGGCCACGCUCCAGGACUGUCCCCGAGGCACAGCCCGGGCCAGCUCAUACUACUGAACCCUUGCCCCGUCCCCGCCGCUGGCCGGAGCGAGCUGGGGGAGCUCACGGGAGAGCGCCCGGGACCCGGUUUCCCCCACACCCUGUUUUGAAGAGGUCACUUUAUCCCAUCUCCACCACACCCGGGGACACGGCACAUCCCCAUUUCCCACCUGAGACCCAGCUGGGGACUGAGUUGGGGGUUUUUUUGAGGUGGGGGGGAGGUCAAUUGUUGUUUGGUUUGGUUUGGUUUUUUUUUACUUUUAAUUUUAAAUGCUCUUUUGGUUGGCUUUUACUGGGGGACUCGAGGGGCGGGAGGGGGGUUUGACAAGUGUCUCUGUACAUAUAAAAACUUGUCAGGUUUACAUCACUCGGUCUGUUUUAAGUGGCCCAAGGGGUGGGGGGCAGUGCUGCAGCCUGUCUGUAUUCCUUAGGAAUAUGGAUGGAGCAGAGGGCUCUGAGGGGCCAGAAAAGACCGUGGGGAUAUGCUCAGCAGGUGGGCAGGGGGUAUCCUACAGCUGCCUCCCCCACCAGUCCCUGUCACACAUCAGCACUGCUCCAGCCCCAGGACAUCACGUGCUGUCACCCCAAACCCAGAGCAUCCUGCACCCUUGGUUCAGGGACCUCAGAAAUGGGGAAAACACCUGUGCAGGUGUGGUUUGCCCUCCUGCAGAACCCACAGGCACCAGGAGCCCUGAAUGGCUGGCCCACACCUGCCCCACCAGUGGGGAGAAGCCCAAGGAUCUGCCCUGGUCCUUUGGAAGCUGCUUGUGACCUGGGCUCCACCCAGGAUGGGAAAUGUCACAGGGAAGAUACAGAAUAUCCAUGUGUUUUUGUACAGCACAAGGAAUGGUUUACUGGAGCCCCAGCAUACAGGCUUAAAACACGUCUGUCCCUGCCCUCCACACUGAAAUGAAGCCAAUGCAGGGGUUUUGAUGCUGGUCUUUGCUUUUCCUGACCCACUGCAGCAGUUUCCUAUUUUCCACCCAUUCCCCUCCUUCUCUCUUUGGCCCUUCCACAGAAAAGAGUACUGGUUCUUUUUACUGAAGAUAUUCUUUAAACAAACAAAUUCUUUUAG